UUCGCAGCUCUUGGUGUUACAGGAGGAGCUCACAGAUUAUGGGCUCAUCGAUCUUAUAAAGCAAAAUGGCCAAUGAGAGUUAUUCUAAUGAUUUUUCAGACCACGGCUUUUCAAAACCACAUUUAUGAAUGGGUAAGGGAUCAUCGAGUUCAUCACAAAUUUACAGAUACAGACGCGGAUCCACACAAUGCGCAGAGAGGCUUCUUCUUCUCGCAUAUGGGAUGGUUGUUGGUUCGCAAGCAUCCGGAUGUCAUCAAUAAGGGUGCCACGAUUGACAUGAGCGAUCUUGAGAAGGAUUUCGUUGUGAUUUGGCAACGCAGGCUCUACAUCGUCUUGAUGCCAGUUUUCUGCUUCCUACUUCCCACUUGGAUACCGUGCUAUUUUUGGAAUGAGAAACCCAUGUACGCCUGGUACGCCACCCUCUUCAGAUAUACCUUAUCAUUGAAUAUAACUUGGUUGGUAAAUUCGGCAGCCCAUAUCUGGGGCAUGAAACCGUACGAUAACACCAUCAGCUCCACCGACAGCUAUAGCGUCGGCAUCGGCGCCUUCGGCGAGGGUUGGCACAAUUAUCAUCACGUAUUCCCGUGGGACUACAAAGCUGCCGAGCUGGGUAACUAUCGCACAAACUUCACCACCGCCUUCAUCGACUUUUUUGCCUGGAUCGGUUGGGCAUACGAUCUAAAAACUGUAGGACACAGUAUGAUAAAGAAACGCGCGGCACGAACGGGCGAUGGCUCGAAAUACGAGCAAAUGGACGAUCAUGACGCGCACCAUCAUACGCAUGAGGGUGCUAUAUGGGGUUGGGGUGACGCUGACAUGGCACCAGAAGAUAUGCAAGAGGCCGAGAUCAUCAAUAAGGGUGACUGAACCGUGAGAUCUUGUUACCCGAUAUCCUUGUAUGUGGCAUUACAUUUGGUCAGGUUACAUAAUAUGGAUAUUCAAUAAAGAUUCGCGAUUUAUUUAUGAUGAUAUUUAUAAUGCACAUGAUAUGGUAAUGCACAUUCGUGAGUUGAGCAUCAUCACGUCUGAAGGUUGGGUAAUAUCUCAUAAAUAUCCCAUAAAUUAUGCGUCAUGUUAGAUAUUAUAAUGUACGUUUAUAAAUAUUUAGCACUUAUUAUGUCGAUCGCAAUGAAGGUAUAAAUAAUGAGGUAUAAUGGGAUAAAAUUAUUAUUCUUUUUCUAAUAGGUCUUAGAGGCGAUUAUGAUUGUGAUUUCUUUUUAUUUUUUGAAUGCAUCCUUGAUAUUUUUUGAUAAUAUUUACAAUAAUUUUUCUGAUCUCUUCUAUUCUAACUUUAUUCAUCGCUAGAUACUUAAUUUAUUUUUUUCAAAUAUCACAUUUCUCGUUUCUUAUAUGUAAUCUAUUGUGUUAUUUGCAACGCAAUUUCUAUGCAAGAAAUGAUUUAUAAAUUUCAUGCCAAUACCGUUAAAAAUCGUUAUGUAAAAAGGAUGCCAUUGUAUUUUACAUAUAAAUUAUUGAUAAAUUAUCCGCGUCACAUUGAGGAUUGUACACAUUUUAUGAUAAACAGUCUCGUUGUGCAUCGUGUAGAGAUACAAUCGCCCAAAGAAAUGAUCAAUCGUUUUAACGAUGUCAAUUAAUAUUUAUUGUAUUGUAAUAUUCGUAUAUUGUUAUAUCAUUCCUCUCUUCAAAUCGGCCUCUUAAAAUACGUCGCGAAUUCGAUCGCUUUGCAACGAAGGAGCAAAAUUUUUAAAUGCGACUAACAACGGCUUCUUAGAUCGAUUCUAAUUCUAGAUUCGAUCAGAAGUGUCUUCAAUCAGGAAUUUAGGAUUGCAAAAGGUCUCCUAUCGUCUCGUAUUUGAGAUAACAUUUCUUUGGGAAACGCUUGGUCUCAUUGAAGCUAAUUCUCGCAGAUUCGGAAUAACGGAGCGGCGAUCUGAAUUAGAGUAUGCUGAUGGCGUGUCGUACAAUCAAUUACGUACCUACGAAUCAAAUUCAUUCGUGGCCUUCUAAAUGACUGUUUUUAGAUUUAUCGCGUUUAUAUCGAAACUGUUUCCUGAUAUCUCGAGGUCAAUUCUGUAUAAUUAUGAGGCAACAGAGCGCGAAUCGUUAUCGACGUCUAACAUAAUUGUUAUGAUAACAAGUAGCCAUGUUACGUAGAGCUUAGAUAUCGCUCGAUUAUUAGUAAGAAAUCAACAUUUCGUCGCGCUUUAUAAAAAGCAAAAAUUAUUGAGACGAUAAAAUAUACUUGUAUGUGAGAGUUUACAAUUAUAACGAUUAUAUCAGGACCACAUGUAGGACGACAGAAACUGUAGCUCGUAUAUUGUAAGUAAAUAGCAGGCGUUUAUACUAUAUUUCAAUCUUUUUGAUUUAUUUCGACACGAUGAUAAAAGUUUCAUGUGACAUCGUAUCACUUUCAUCAUUGAGUAUCAUGAUGUCAGUCGCCAAUCUCUUUUUUAUAUAUAUUUUUUUUUGUUUAAUUGCAAAAUACAUGACGACACGAAUAAAAAUCGAGUUUAAUAAAAAGUAAUAAAUUUACCACUUGGAAAAUUUACAAAUUAUGAACUUACUCUUUUUUCACUUAUUCUUUUAUAAUCGCGACAUAAAAUUUACAAUCGAAUAUGCAUUAUACAUUACCAUAUAAUUAUUAAUGUUAUGAUACAUUAACGUUCUAUACUUAUAAACGUAAAAUGCUCAUAAAAUUAUAUAAAGCUAUGUGUUGCACAUAAAUAAAAAUGACAUUAGAAACCGGCGAUUGGCCGUCGAUUCUGGCAUAAUUAUCAUAAGUGAUGCGAUAGCUAUCGAAUUUGUUACCUACAUAAUUAACAAGCCAUUCGAUGUCGCGCGAUGCGGAUCCGAAUUCCGUCUGUCUUCCGUAAAUAAUCGUUGUGUAUUGGAUUCGAGUCCGAUCGCGCAGCCUCGAAUAGCGAUUUCGCAAAGCGAUCGUUACGAAAGUACAUUGUUCGAACACUAAUUGCGCGAUGCGCGAUGGCUAAUUAAAAUUUAUUAUAGCAACUCGUAACGAACGUUGAAUGAUUGAACGGCACUUUCGUGUCGAAGAGACGACUGUUACGUAAUAAACGCAAACAGAAUCUGAAUCUUCUUAAUUAUCAUGUGAACUUUUUUGUGAAUCUUUGUACUUACGAUAGCGUUUCACAAUAACGUAAGUAUAAUGUAUGCAGAGUGUCUAAUAGAUUUUUGAUGAAUAAAGCUCUACCAAAUGCAUUUACUAACAAUUUUCGUACAAAUAAAUAAAUCAAUUAAAUUAAUUUUAUAAAAAUAAGUCGAAUUAAUAAAACACACGAAAGAAAAUUUAUAAUCAGUUUGAACUUCAAAUAAUGUACUAUGUAGACAGUAAAUCUUAAAUAUAAAGUAAAUUUGCUCCCCAAA